CAUUUCUUUUAAGCGACAGGGUGUCUAGACACACACGUGACCGGGCGCGUCAAUGCGCACUGGAGACUGGAGACGGAGCAAGGGCACCCAAACCAUCCGCCUCAUUUCCAGACAGAGAGCCAUUUAGCCCACUCCACAGCUCCUCUGCUGCUCCGCACGGGCUCUUCAUUUUGUGUGUCAUAGCGUAAAAGCUGGAUUAUUUGUCGUAAAGAUAUCGUGUGCUGCGCCAUAGGGCUUCACUCUGUUUGUGUGGACGUGUAUCCUGAGGGUCUGUUUCUCUCUCCGUGUGGAUUUUCCCUUCUCCUCUGUAGCUCUUUGGACGGAGGCUCGUUCCUGACCAGAAGACCACAUCCUCUGCAGAGUAAAACGGAGAAAUACACUGAAAAAGUCAACGUCUCAGGCCAGUUCGUGCAGUGUGGACGGCUGGAGGAUUGUGUGGAUUAAUGCUACUGAAGAAACACCGCGCGGUCGUGUUUUAAUGGGCUAGAUCAGGCCUUAGAGUUAGUGGGAAAUGAGCAAUGUUUGGACAUGAAUUGUGGUGAAAACGUGGCGUAUAGGGGUCAAACUGUAGCAUAGGCUUCGGGCUGAGUCGUUUGGUUGAGUCGUUUGGCAGCGCGUUGGACCCUGGAUGUGACGCGGAGGCUCCACGGCGCUGCGCCUGACUGUCCCGCGAAGCUCCCCGGAGCAGAGCGCUUUUUCUCGCUCAUUUUAUAAAGUGGACGACAGUAGAGACUGGCGUAUGAUCCACAUUUUAUCCACUUGCCCUGCUGCCAGUUUUUCCACUCCUUUUCCUUAUUCUCAGGCUGCUUAUCAUCGUCUGGACUCGGAUCCCGGAAUCUUCAUGAUUUGCGGACACAAUGCUCGUUUUUUAGCCGGGAAAACCUCUUUUCGUCCCGCAUGUUUAGGACCAAACGAUCGGGGCUCGUCCGGCGACUCUGGAGGAGCCGCGCGCCCGUGGAGGGCGACGGGGAGGCGGACAGAGGGACGCAUGGCCCCGGGGGCUGCUGCAUGGGCAAAGCGACAAAGGUGGCUAAGUCCAAUGGCGCCGCUGAGGCCGAACUAAAGACGUUGACCCACUCUAUUCUAAAAAAGAUCAAAGAGAAACAAUUAGAGGUGCUGCUGCAGGCCGUGGAGUCCAAGGGGGGCGCACGGAGCCCCUGUUUGCUCCUGCCCAGCAAAGUGGACGCCAAAGUGGGUCAACAGUCUUAUUCUCUCCCCAUGCUGCUCUACAAAGUGUUCAGGUGGCCGGAUCUCAGGCAUUCCUCGGAGCUCAAGAGGCUGUCGUGCUGUGAAUCGUACGGGAAAGUCAACCCGGAGCUGGUCUGCUGCAACCCGCACCACAUGAGCCGGCUCUGUGAACUAGAGUCUCCUCCUCCUCCCUACUCCCGCUAUCCCAUGGAUUAUCUUAAACCACCAGAUUCUCCAGACUCUGGACCUUCAUCCAGUGACACUGGGGGAACGACAUACUCAGCCCCUGUGGGGCUUUCAGAUUCCUUGGUAAUGCAGGGGUCUGGUGAACGGGCCCAUUGGUGCGUGGUGGCGUACUGGGAGGAGAAAACACGUGUGGGCCGCCUCUACUCAGUCCAGGAGUCGUCUCUGGACAUCUUCUAUGAUCUACCUCAGGGGAACGGCUUCUGCCUGGGCCAGCUCUGCUCUGACAACAAGUCCCAGCUGGUGCAGAUGGUGCGGGCCAAGAUUGGCUAUGGCAUCCAGCUGACGCGCGAGCCCGAUGGGGUGUGGGUCUACAACCGCAGCUGCUAUCCCAUCUUCAUCAAGUCGGCCACACUGGACAACCCGGACUCGCGCACGCUGCUAGUGCACAAGGUGUUUCCCGGUUUUUCGAUUAAGGCUUUUGACUAUGACAAGGCGUGUAGCCUACAGAGACCCAACGACCACGAGUUCACACAACAGCCUCGCACGGGCUUCACGGUUCAGAUAAGCUUUGUGAAAGGAUGGGGACAGUGCUACACAAGACAGUUCAUCAGCAGCUGCCCGUGUUGGCUAGAAGUCAUCUUCAAUACUCGAUAGCAGCAGGCCCUCUUCCUACGGACUCACCUUUUUGUUCACGAUGAAAAAAGGGUUUCGAUGAAGAAGUAUUCUAACAGACUUUGUUUAUAAAUGACUAAGAUUUAAUUAAAUGAAAUAAGAAGUGAAAAUGUAUUUUAUGUUAUAUAUAAAUAUAUUAUUAAUUGUAAAUAUGAAGACAUUUUAUAUGCAUCAUUAUUUAUGUAUUGUGCAAUGUGUUGAUGAGAAAAAGAAAAUAAGAUGCACUUUGCUUAAUAUAAAUGCAAAACAAAGAAAUGCC